AGUUGAAUAAAGGAGCAGGUGGAGGCGGGAGGGCGGUGUGAGGUUGGAGGUGGUGGGGGGAGAGCCCUGGAGGCGCUGCCAAUGGAAACAGCACACACGAGGAGCGUCGAGCCAGAGCGCCGCGUCGCCUCCAUGUCAGGUCCACUCACCUGCAAGGUGCGCAACGAAGAUGAUGGCCAUGAACGGCAAGCAGCACUUCUCCAUGCACCCUGCGCUGCACCCGAGCUCCGAGGGCAUGCGGCGGAUGUGCCUGCCUGCCCCGCAGCUCCAGGGCAAUAUAUUCAGCGGCUUUGAUGAGAGUCUGCUGGCCCGCGCUGAAGCUCUGGCGGCGGCUGACAUCGCGUCUCACGGCAAAAGUCACCCUUUCAAGACGGACGUCACCUACCAUACCAUGAGCAGCGUGCCCUGCACCUCCUCCUCGUCCACGGUGCCCAUAUCCCACCCUUCAUCCAACCUGCCCUCGCACCAUCACCACCACCACCUCAGCCACCAGACCCUGGAGGGAGAUCUGCUCGACCACAUUUCCUCGAGUUUAUCGGUCAGCGGCAUGGGUGCGCCGCCGGAUCCGUCGGUGAUGACCACUCAAGCCCACCAGCACCAUCUGCAAAUGGGUCACUUGCAUCAAGCCAUGGCCAUGGGCCACCCGCACACCCUGUCGGUCCACAACGGGAUGGCGUGCAUCAACGACGUGGAGUCCGAUCCCAGAGAGCUGGAGGCGUUCGCGGAGAGGUUCAAGCAGCGGAGGAUAAAGCUCGGAGUGACCCAGGCGGAUGUGGGCUCUGCCCUGGCCAACCUGAAGAUCCCGGGGGUCGGCUCGCUGAGCCAAAGCACCAUCUGCAGGUUCGAGUCCCUAACCCUGUCCCACAACAACAUGAUCGCUCUCAAACCCGUCCUCCAAGCCUGGCUGGAGGAGGCCGAAGCGGCUUACCGGGAGAAGAACGGAAAACCGGAGCUUUUUAACGGGAACGAGAGGAAACGAAAGCGCACGUCCAUCGCGGCUCCCGAGAAGCGAUCGCUCGAGGCGUAUUUCGCCAUCCAGCCGCGACCGUCGUCGGAGAAAAUCGCGGCAAUCGCAGAGAAGCUGGAUCUAAAGAAGAACGUGGUUCGGGUUUGGUUUUGUAAUCAGCGGCAAAAACAGAAAAGGAUGAAAUAUUCGGCAGUGCACUAGUGCUGGUAGAGCAAAGUAGACAUUUUAGGAACACCACAGGGAUCAAAAUCUUUUCUUUUAAUCUUUAGAAGCCUAUAAAGAUUCCAAGUACAUUUCAUAUCUCCUCCAAAUGAUGGGACCCGUGUGCGCAUUAUUCCAGGAGUUCUGUACCCCUAAUAAAGGCUUGACCUCUCUCAUAACGAAGUCAAAUGGUCUUAAAAAAUAUGCAUUUGCACAUUUUCAGUAACGACAAAAGUUAGAAUUAAAGUUCAUUAAGUCGUGGCGUGUGUGCCUGAGGUAACCAUAGCAACACGACUUGCUCGAGCACUUUCAGUGAGCUUUAAUAUCGAAAUUUGCAUAAAACAAUAAGGCAAAAAGUGGCGCAAAAAUUAUUUUGGUUUGCGCGAGAUCGACAAACCUCAAACGAUUGUCUUGAAAGUUGCUGAAGGAGUUUUUCUCAAACCACCUAAGACCGAAUUAUUCGCACACUGUAAUACCAUUUAAAAAAUAAAAAAUAAAAAAAGAUUAAUUUAUAUUACAGUGUUCAUGUUACUUUGUAUUUGUACGAGCAAGUAACACUCGUGUACUCGUGUAGCACUUAAUGUGUAAUUAUUUUAGCUGAUUGUGGUUACACAAUGUUAUGGGUUUAAAAUAAUUACAACAACAUGCACUGUGUAACAUGGACAUCGUAAUGUAAAUUAUUAUUAACUCUUUAACAAAACAGAUAUUAGUCUACAUUACGAAGCAAUACUGCUAAAACCUUUAAAAAGCUCUCAUUUGAAAUGAUAAAACUUUAAUUACAUGUCCAGGAGAACAGCUAACUACUAAAACUUUGUUUCAGUAUUAUCACACGUGGAAAUAUAUUUUGAAGUGUGUACGUGUGUUUUUGGUAUUUAAAAAUGUAUAUUAAUUUGCGCACAAGGUCUACCUUAUGUUACUAUCACAUGAAAUGUAAUUUGAAAUAUGUGUACUAGCGUUUGUAAUAAUCGUUUGAAUGUCUUGUCAGAUGUGAAUGCAAUAUGAAUAUUCUCACAAACUGGCACGAAUAUUUCGUGAACGAUCAUCAGUUGAAGUGAUACUAAUAUGCAAAUCCUGGUGAUGUAAUGAAGAAUGCUGCUAUUUGAUUUGCAUUAA